GUCUUGAACAUCUUGAUUCCAGAUCUUUGUCUAGUAUCUAAAACAACAAAGAAAAAAAAGGAAAGAAUCGCAGAAGUGUUUGUUUCCCGGGAGGAUAAUGGUGGCAAUGACGAUGGUCAACACUACUGAGGAACCAAUUCUGUCGAGGAUGGACCGGCUCGACACCGUUCUGAGGCAGUUGGAGGAAUCCGAGAGUAGCUCGUGCACCUCUUCACCCACGCGGACGAGCGGGACCCUCACGAGCGACGGAGGGCACGUGCCAUCGUCCGCGGAGUUGAUCUCCCCAGAAAGCCUAGAGAAGUACUGCCGUCCGAUCGAGCACGUGAUGAUGGAGACCAACGCGAAGGGGUCGCUGCUCGAGCGGCUGGAUCACGUGGAGGACCGUGUGCUGAAGCUGUGCAUGCAGCUGGAGGAGGAGUUUAUGGAGACUAGUGCCGAAGGGAAGAGAGAUGAUGAGGCGGAGAUGGUCAAGAGGAGAGAGAAAGAAGAGAGAGCGGAGAUGGCCAGGAGUGAGAAAGAGGAGAAGAUUGUUAUCAGUGAGAUUGAGAGGAGGACUCAAAUUGAUGUGAUUAAGAAGAAGAAGAAGAAGAAGGGACUGAAGCAACUUGUUAAACAGUGGGUUAUGGGAAAAGGAAAAUCCAAUAAAUCAACUAAACCUUUGAUUAAUUAGGGUUUCUUUUCCUAUGUGAACUUUUGUAUGUGUUGUUUAUUCCCUCUUCUUUUAAUCCUCCCAACUUAUCUGCUUUAGUUUGGGGAUUGAUUGGUGAGAGUGUAAAUAAUCAAGCGAGAAAAUGUACAACUGGUGUUUAAUUA